UGUGAGAGUUAUGUCAAAAAUAGUAAUUAGUCAAUACAGUCAAAUACAGUAUUGAUAACCUUGUAUAAUACUAUAAAAAUAAAAUUUGCAUCAUUUCGCGACUUAAAUAAAUACAGCUGAUUGUUUUAGUAUAACAAUGGUUGUAGGCGCAUUUCCGAUUGCAAAGUUAGGGGCCUUGCUGAUAAAACAGAUAAGUAAACCCAUCGCAAAUGCUUGCAAAGAACGAGCUAAACAUAACCCGUUUUUCCGGACUUAUGUUUGUAUGCCUCCUGCCCAAUUCUACAAUUGGUGUGAAGUUAAGGCUAAAAUGUGGAUUCUAAACUUGGGUAGGCCAGUUAAUAUACCAGUGCUCAGUCAAGAAAUGGCUAUAGAGCUAGGAGCUAAUCUACUUGGUGAAACUUUGAUUUUCACCAUAGGAGCAGCUAUUUUGUUACUCGAAUAUAACAGGCAAAGCAAUAAGGAAGCUGCAAAAGAAGCCAAGAAGGAGCAGGAAAUGAAACACAUUUCUGAUACUAUCAUUGAUCUCUACUUUACUGUCCAGAGACAACAAACACAGCUCAGAGAAAUGGAGAGGAUUAUUUAUUCAAUAAGCGGACAGAAACCAACAACUCCUCCUCCAGAAAUAAAGGGCCCUCCAUCUAUUGUACCUCCACCACCUACCUCAGAACCAUCAAGUCCUGCACCACCAAAGAAUGUCAAUAAUGAUCAGGAUUACAACAAACAAUCCAUUAUUACUGCUACUCCAUAUCCUAACAAGGGAUUGAUUUUACAAUCUCUAAACUAUAUCCAGAUGGAUGCCUUCAGUUCUCUAUUUCCCAAUAACAAUAAUAAAGUUGUAGUUGAGGAAGAGCAAACAGCUAUUGAAGAAAAAGCAUUUAUCCCUAAGAGGGAAUCUGCAAUACUUUCAUCAGCUUUAUAUAAUAUUGAAAAUAAUUUUAGAAGUUUGUUUUAAAACCUGUGAUAAGUGUACAUUAUGUUUCUGCCUUGCAGCCUCUAAAGUGGAGUUAGUUAAGUAGUAGCCAUUGUUACCUGUUUUUUAAUGUUUUAUUUACUGAAUCAUACAGUAAAAUAACUAGUGAAUUGACUUAUUGUGUAUUUGGAUAUCCUAGAGCACUAGUGAUCCCAGUAACAUUUUUGUCAAAAUAAAGAAGGCAUAUGCACAUGUGUUUAUGUCAAAGGUUUUUUGUAGAUUUUUCUACCAUCUUAUUUGUAAUUUUAUGUUGUCUAGAACAACUACAAGAACCUCAACCAAAAUAUCUGAGUAAAAUGAUACAUAGAUCACUUGCUUAUCAAAGUUUAUGUUCCUUAUUGUUUUAAACAAAUUGUCUUGUACCUAAAUACAUAAUGAUUUGUUCAUACAAAGUCAGAUGUGUUAAUGCUUUUAUUUACAUUUUUGUAUAUAAUACAUUUGUAGUUAGAUUGCUUUGUAUUGAUGGUGCAGUUUAGGUAUAAGAACAUGAAUAUGUUAAUGUUAAUAACUUAUAAAGUAGUGGAUAUUUGAAAAUAAAUAAGCACAGAAUAUC